AUUACAUUUUGACAUUCUGGGCAUCUUUGAGAAAGGUCAUGGGCAAAUGAAAAGCUUGAACAGGGUACUUGCAAUGGCGCCAAAAGAAAGUAUAUUUAUUGAUUGAUUUAUUUAUUUUCCAUUCUUUUUCUUCCCUCUUUGUUAUGCUGACCUUUACUUUUCCUAAUGGCCCCAUUAUUGACUGUUUUUUUAUUCCACCUUUGAAAUUGGUAAGCUAAGUCUUAAACCUUACGCUGUGAACCUUGAAAAAGGAAUGUAAUUGGCUGUCUGGUUAUGGAAUAAAAUGAUAACCUUUUAUCUGCCCUUUCUCCCAUGGACGGCCAUAUUUUAAGACAUUCAAAGAGAACUUUUUUAAGUACAGAUAAUCAUGACAUUUUUUCUCCUUUUAGAAAGGAUUUUGGAGAUGAAAAUGAUAAAAUGGUUAGCUUUCAAAAUAGCUCCAACUUACAUAAUCUGAUAAUUUGUUAUUAAAACAAGAAAGAACAAGAAAAAAGAAGCUCUUCACGAUAUAUUUUUAACGUUUGUUUUUCAAUGAUGGAUGGGUGGCAAUUAUCUAUUGGAAUCGUAUUCUUCUAAGUAGAAUUAGAGCUGCAAAAGUUGACUAUCACUAACCAAAAAUAAGGAAUUUGAUACCGAUCCUUUUGAGUCAUUAGCAGAAUUUUAUUUCAAAAUACUGUCUUAGUCUUGUUGAUUGUUCUGUACCCAAAUCGAACAAAUUACUUUAAGAACAAUAAUCAAUCCCUUUCAUUUCACUUCUACAAUUUAAGAGUAACAAGAACAAAACUUCAUUUGUACGGAGGUGACCUUCAAGUUUCUAGAGAACCUGUUCUUGGUGGGUUUGCGUAUUUACUCCCAAUUUUACGUGUGGUUUUGAAUUUUUGUUAUAAUAAUGUUGAUUUGUUUCGAAUGCAAACCACAAUCCUCGUUAGUCUGCUGCGAUCUCGUUACUGAAACAAGCUUCCUGUCCAGUGGGUCUGUCUACAUUUGACAAGAAGGGGAAAAAAUCAUGAAGGCCUCUGUUUUCAUAAUGCUAUAGCUUAUUUUCUUUGAGAGUUGAAUCAUGGGAUAUUGAGUCUUGAGAUGCUUCUUAUUACUUAUUUUUUUUGGUAUGAUAAAGGUGAUCAAAACCAAAUGACGACCUUACUUGAACAACAUCUGUUCUAUAGGUUAUUUGAAUGGUCUGAACGGCUUAUUGUUCUAACUCGAGCAUGAACGAUUUCAAUAUGAAGAAGAAUGGAAUAAGUUGUUUUUCUUUAGCAAGUAUUGGUAAUUGGUUAAACUAAUGGCAAAGAUUCGCAGAGAAGAUGGUGGGGGAAAGCUUUUAAUACAAAACUUUAUCUUUACGUGAUUGAAGAAAAGUAAGAAGACUGACAAUAAAAUAACGAACUAGGAGAUGCUUUUUUGGCUUUAGGUUACAGAGGAGGUGGUGAUGGUUUCUUUCUUGUUCCAAGAGAGGUAUCACUCUUUUUGCUUCUUUUCACAUAUCUCUAACUCACCUUUAUGUUUCUAUGUCCUACAAACUUAAGUGGGUCUUGAGCUGUAAAAUCUCUUUUUUUUUUUUCUAUUUUCACUCUCAAGUUUCUUCCUAGUUCUUUCACUCAAAUGCUCGCCUUCUGAACUUUGGUCCUUGUUUGAUUUUGUUGUUCCAUUUCUUGGUUUUCGUGUGGGAUAAAGGCGUAACUUUUGUCCAAGACUUUGACUUGUUGGUUUUUGCCUUGUAUUUGUUCUUCUUGGGUUUUGAUAAUUCAAGAAAUUUGAGUUUCUUUAUAGCAUUAGAAGACAAUACUUGGGAUAAGAGUUGUGAAUUAUUUAGAAGAAAGGAAGGAAAAGAAAAAGUAGCAUGGCAGGAGGUGGAACGUCUGCACCACCGCCAAAACAGGAGGAGCUGCAGCCACAUCCAGUGAAAGAUCAACUACCAAAUGUUUCUUAUUGCAUUACCAGUCCUCCUCCAUGGCCCGAAGCAAUUCUACUUGGUUUCCAACAUUACUUGGUCAUGCUGGGAACAACAGUGCUAAUUCCCAGCUCUUUAGUUCCCCAGAUGGGAGGAGGAAAUGCAGAGAAAGCAAAGAUGAUCCAAACACUGUUGUUCGUUGCUGGUUUGAACACGUUGCUGCAAACAUUUUUUGGUCGAUAUAGUGACAUUGUAAAUCCCCAAGAGAAAUUCGAGAGAAUUAUGCGUGGAAUUCAGGGUGCUCUCAUUGUUGCCUCAACUCUUCAGAUUGUAGUCGGUUUCAGUGGCCUUUGGCGAAAUGUUGCAAGGUUCUUGAGUCCACUCUCUACUGUUCCUUUGGUAACCCUGUCAGGAUUUGGGUUAUAUGAAUUGGGUUUUCCAGUGCUAUCAAAAUGUGUAGAGAUUGGCCUUCCGCAGCUCAUCCUGCUUGUGGUAUUCUCACAGUAUAUACCUCACAUGAUAAAAGGCGACAGACACGUAUUCGACCGUUUUGCUGUUAUAUUUUCAGUUGUGAUUGUUUGGAUAUAUGCUCACCUACUCACUGUGGGUGGCGCAUAUAAGAAUGUGAGUCUAAAGACUCAACUAAGCUGUCGUACUGAUCGUGCAGGAAUUAUAGGUGGUUCUCCAUGGAUCAGUAUCCCAUAUCCCUUUCAAUGGGGAGCACCCACAUUUGAUGCUGGAGAAGCUUUUGCAAUGAUGGCUGCUUCAUUUGUUGCGCUCGUUGAGUCCACUGGUGCCUUCUUUGCGGUUUCUAGAUAUGCUAGUGCAACUCCACUCCCACCAUCUGUUCUUAGCCGCGGUGUCGGUUGGCAGGGAGUUGGCAUCUUGUUUUCUGGUAUAUUUGGCACAGGAAACGGAUCCUCAGUAUCUAUUGAAAAUGCUGGGUUGUUGGCAUUAACACGUGUCGGUAGCCGGAGAGUGGUCCAAAUUUCUGCUAGUUUUAUGAUAUUCUUUUCUAUACUUGGAAAGUUUGGAGCCAUCUUUGCUUCAAUUCCAGCCCCGAUAAUCGCAGCUCUAUACUGCUUUUUCUUUGCCUAUGUUGGUUCUGCAGGUCUCAGCUUCCUUCAGUUUUGCAAUCUCAACAGUUUUAGAAUCAAGUUCAUAUUAGGCUUCUCUAUCUUCAUGGGGCUAUCAAUUCCUCAGUACUUCAACGAGUACACUGCCGUUAACGGCUACGGUCCCGUCCACACGAGAGCAAGAUGGUUCAAUGACAUGAUCAAUGUGCCUUUCGCAUCCGAGCCGUUUGUUGCUGGAUUUUUGGCUCUGUUUCUCGACGUCACACUACACAGCAAGGAUAAUGCAAUGAAAAAGGACAGAGGAAUGCACUGGUGGGAUAAAUUCCGCUCAUUCAAAACCGAUACAAGAAGCGAAGAAUUCUAUUCUCUUCCUUUCAACCUCAACAAGUUUUUCCCAUCUGUUUGACUUCACUUCAGAUUAAAUGGUUUUGUAGUCACGACAUCAAGUUGAAGGCUAUGUGAUAGUGUAAUAGUAUGCCUUGUAGUACCUGAUGUUUUAUUCUUUUUUCUUUUCUUGAGAAAAAGUAUAUUAUAUAUGAAAUCCCCAUUUGUGAGGCUUGCCAAUACUUUUUAGCUAAAUCUAAUGUACGUUUGCUUUCGAUAA